AUGAGAAACGUUGCAGCGGUUUUUUUUGUUCUGCUAGUUAGCUUCAAAAUAAGAACUGCAAAAUGUUUUGUUUCAUCCGUGCUCUGUUCGCGUAUUCCGGGAUUGACGCAAGCACAGCGUCAAAUAUGUUCGGAAUCAUCUGAUGCCGUACUAUCCCUAGCAUCUGGACAAGUCCUAGGAGCCAGUGAAUGUCAAAAACAAUUUCACGGUCACCGUUGGAACUGUACACAUGUGUGGAAUAAUGAUAUGUUCGGUCAAAUAGUGGCUAUAGGGUCAAAGGAGGCUGCAUACACAUAUGGCAUAACCAGUGCAGGUGCCGUAUAUUCGAUAACAGCAGCCUGUGCUAAAGGAAACAUUACAACAUGCGGUUGCGAUACGCAACAAAAAUUGUUUUCUUCGAGCGAGUCUGAAAACUGGAAAUGGGGAGGUUGUUCCGUGGAUAUUGGCUAUGCUAUGCGAUUUGCGAAAAGGUUUCUUGAUGCUCGAGAAAUUGAAAACGAUAAUCGUAGUCUUAUGAACUUACACAAUAAUCGUGCAGGACGAAAGAUAGUGAAACAUCUAUUGCGUACAGAAUGCAAAUGCCACGGUGUAAGUGGUUCGUGUGCCAUGAAAACCUGUUGGAAAAGUUUGCCAUCCUUUCAUGUCAUUGGAAACACCAUGAUGAAGAAGUAUCGAAAAGCUAAGCUAGUACAUACGACUAGCCCGAGAAAUAGUCCGCUGCGAUUAACACUAAAGCGCAAAGGCAACAAAGUGCAUGGCAGGGAUGGAAAAGUACUGACAGACAGUCAAACUCCAAAGAGAACCGAGUUGGUUUAUCUAGAACCAUCGCCUAAUUACUGCGAGCGUAAUAUUAGCAUCGGUAUACUCGGUACAGUUGGUCGUAACUGUAAUCGAACUUCGACUUCCGUGGAACGGUGUGAUCUGCUAUGCUGCGGACGAGGUUACAACACUCACCAAAUCGUCCGUACCUGGCAAUGCAAUUGUAAAUUCAAAUGGUGCUGUACCGUAACAUGCGAUAUCUGCUCAGAACGCAAGGAGGAAUAUACUUGUAAAUAAGUGAUAAUUAUAUUAUUGUUUAAUGAUCGUGAUUAAAUAAAUUUACUUUGACUUAGGACA